UAUAGUAAGCAUCAGUAAGUUUGAUAAGUAUAUUGAUAAUUUGUUUUGUAAUUGUGUAUCAAAUUUAAAAUUAAAACCAAAUACAAUAUUCCAUUUUUAGUAAAUAAAUAUGUACAUAAACUAGAAAACAUGUAAAGGUAUUCAUAAUUGUGUGGCUAGAAAAUAUGUAGUUGAUGACCUUCAUUCUUAUCUACAGUUGACUCAGAUAUACAUAUAUAAUAAUGAUGCAAAGCUAUAGUCAUGAAAAAAAUGCUUCCCAACUUUCAAUGGUGUAUUUUUAAUAUAUAUUUUAAAAUUAAUUGUUUUAAACAGUUUAUUAGAUUAUGUAAUAAAAUUACACAAGAUAAUUUAUUUUUGUAAUACCUAAUCCCAACUUACGUAACAGAUUUUACAGUAAUUUAUAUAGUUUAGUUGUAUGACAAUGAAUUAUAAAUUAGCCUUUUGACUCGAAUGACUUCUAUUUUGUUAGUAAUUUUUAAAAUUAGCUUCUUCCAACCCACACAAAUGCAUAUAAAAUUGUAAUAUUGAACUCAUUCUUGGAGUCAUUUCUGUGUUUGUUACGAGUUUAAUGUGAACGGACAAGACGUUAUCUGUUUUGAAUAUGAUUACUGUUACUCGGAUAAAUGGAUUUAUUCAUUUUAAAAAUUGGAGGCCCACUAAAUUGAACAACAUGGCUAUGACAAGUUUAAAUCGGCUUCUGAAUUCCAGACAUUUACAGCUACUAAAUGAAGACCAGUUACCGCCUGACAUGAGAGAAGUGGCCAUACUGAAAGGUUAUCGUCCACCCAAAUGUACCAUAAAACAGUGUCUGACAAGCAUUAUAGUGGCGACAAAUGAAACUCUGAAUAUAUGGACACACUUUCUUCCGACGCUUUACUUCUGUUGGAAAUUGGCUGCUAUAUGCGAUACAUUGGACGUCACAUCACACCCCUACACUUGGAGUUUCGUUUCUUAUAUGAUAACAGUCUGCACUUAUCCUCUGAUAAGUGCUAUGGCACAUACAUUUUACAGUAUAUCUAAUAUGGCUAGACAUAUUUGGUUCUUUUUUGAUUAUGGCGCUCUCAGUUUCUAUUCUUUUGGUGCUGGUCUUUUGUACAGAGCUUAUGUAUUCCCAGAAGACCUUUUAAAUACUUGGCUCUCUGAUCAUUUUCUCAAUGUUUGUUUUGCCAGUGCAAUUCUAUGUAUAACUCUAGCUUGUUGGUCACGUUUCAUUAAAAACCUCUUCUGGAUUAAAGUGUUUCGCCUUGGUGCCUUUAUCCUUCCUUGGAUUUGGGAUAGCAUACCCCUGGUUUAUAGAAUUUUGUAUGAUUCUAAUCCAGAUUCACCUUCCACUAUGCAUUAUGUCUGGCAGUUUUUAUUUUCCUUCAUGAUAGCAUUUUUUUAUGCCUCUCAUCUUCCAGAACGUCUGGCACCAGGUAAAUUUGACAUAAUCGGUCACAGCCACCAACUUCUGCACAUCGCAGGGAUCUUGGCAACAAAUGAACAGAUGAACGGUGCCCUUUAUGACAUGACUGUGAGACGCAACAAGCUUGAAAACAAUGAUCAAAUGAUCUCUGCUGAAUGGCCGGUUUACAAAUUCCUUUUCCUCUUCCUUUCCAUUAUUUUCAUUAUUUGUGUUUUCAGUAUCUAUGCCUGGAGAGAGGAAAAGAAUGCAAAAAAGAAGAGGCAGUAAAAAUGCAAAUUUAAUUCUUUUUAUUUCCAAUUCAUUAUAUUUUUAAUCAAAGCAACUACUAAUCAUAAUAACAAUAUCUAUUUUGUACUUUUAUUUGUCAAUAGGCAUUUUUGCAAAUUUUACAUUACGAAUUUUCAAUGAAACUUGAUAAUCUUUCGGAUCAAAAGGAAUUUUUGAAAUGUCGUCAUUCCUACCAAAUCAAAAUUUGGUACAAAAUCAAAUUGCCAAAAUUUUAAAUUGUAAAAAUAAACUUCCACUUUACAGAAGUUUGCUAAAUUAACAAAAAUGUCUAACUAAGAGCAAUAUUUUGUUAAACGACAUAAUCAAAAGUUGUCCAGAAUUACAGUAAAGUGAUUAAAAAAAAUUAAAAAUUUGCACAAAGCAAAUUUUUAUUUUUAAAUUUUUGCGCAAUCACACAUUUGAAUCUUGGUUUGCUAUGCUCUUGCAUAAUGCAAAGUCACAAAUUUAGCAUUGCCGAGAUUUAAAAUAACAAAUUGUUCUAAUUGGUUGUUGAUUUUUGAGCGUGUUCAUCCAUCAUUUACAUUGUUAACCACUCCAAAGAACACUAAGAAAAUUAAUUAGAAAAAUAUAGUUUAAUCAUACUCUAUGAAAUAUAUAUAUACAUAUAUAUAAAAUUGUUUUUAAGUUAUGUUUACAAUGAAAUCAUGUUAAUAUUUUUUUACAUAAUUCUAGAUUUAAGAAUCUGUUAAUUCUUGUUUGCCCAAGUCUCACCGUAAUCUAUAUAUAUUCCAAUUAAACUUCCUAGUUUGGUGAAGUGGUAAUUCUUAUAAACCACAAUAGUAAUAAACUUUCUAGUCAGAUUUAUUGUUUUAAAACAAUUAAAACAUGCUUUUAUUCAUGAAAGUUUUCUAUACAAUAGAAUUAUCUCUUGACAACUGAAUUUUUAGCUUCUACAGAUGAGCUAUCAUUAGAUAUCUUUAUGAUAUUCUCUUAUCACAGCUGCUAUUGAUUUAUCAUCAUCAUUGGUUCAUUAUGGAAGUAUAAAAUUGUCUUCUGUUGAUAUUUUGUUCAGUUGCAGCUGCUGGCAUUGUUGUAGUCUCGUUGAGACAUUAUACUGUUGAGUUAACUGACUCUCAUUAACUACAUGUUUUUUUCUAUAUGGAAACAGUUUGUCUGUUUCCAUCUAGAGAAAAACAAUCACAAAACUGCAAAAUAGCGUACCUGUAGCAUAACAUUACAACAUAGUAUACACAUUAGGCUACCACCAUAACCUUUAGUUAAAUUUUGAUAACGUUUACAUGUUUUUACUUUUAUAAAGAACUUGUAACCGUUGACGUUAAGCCCCGGUUAGUAUGCAUAACUUAAACCUGAAAUCCCCGAAAGGAAUACUUUUAACCUACCUCAGUGCAGCUUAGUUUUAAUUCAUAAAAUCUCUUAAUGAAUAUUCUUAGUGUUUAUUGCUUCCUAAUUGAGUAUCCAUCAUUUUUAUUGCUUCCCAAUUGAGUAUCCACACUUUCUACUGCUUCCCUCAUUAAUAAAUGACUGGGACCAGUCGAUGAGGAUGAAUGAGUAUCAGGGAUGUAUAUUUUAUACAAGGAUUAACUCCACCAAUGUAAUUUUAUCCACAAAGAUUUUGCAAAAUUGAAUUUUAGUGGUUUGGCACUCGCACAAAUUACAUUCUUGGCACAUCCCUUUGUAUAUUUUUUAGUCGGGCAUGCUUCUCCAUCAAACUGCAGGUUUCUAUUCUUAAAAAUAUGGUAAUCUCUGGCCAAACAUUGGCCAUCUGCAGUAUCUGUCUAACACGUAAGCCAUCUUUUCUCACGUAAAAUCAGCGUAAUGUUGUUUUGGAGACAUAUACAAACCUUUUAUUGUAUAUAAUGCAUUUAAAUGAUUUCUACAGAUGUACAUAGAGUGUGCAAGUGGAGGAUUGUUUAGUGUAUAAUAAUUUUUUAUGGAUACAAAGAAAAAGCAUACAUAAACAUAUAUCUAACAUACAAAUUGUUAAAUCUUGAUGUGUUUGUAGUUAUCUAUAUUAUAGUAUAUAUAUUGUUGUUAAUAAAAAUAUUAGUUUUGUUUUCCUAUAAAGUGCUUGGACGAAAUGAAAACUCUGUUCUCGUCCGAGGAUAUUUUGUAAGGCUGUAUAACCCCUCCACUGUUUUAUCUGUAAUUAUGAACCAACUGGAGUUUAAAGUCUAUUGACACUUCCUUACGGUGUGGUAAAAGGAAGGAAAAUUAUUUUUCUAUGUGAUUGAGCGAGCUUGUUUGACUAACCAAAAUUGACCAAAUUGUGUAUUUUGAUGUUAUUGGUUAAGAAAAUAAAAGUCUAUCUGUCGAAGACCAA